CUGUUAGUUUUGUCCAUUGUCAUUAAAGUAUCAGUAAAAUGAAAACCCGAAGCUAUGAACAUAACCAGAAAAGAGUAUUCUUCAACAAUAUUUUUUCACUUCCAUCAUUCAGCGAUGUCCUUUUGUCGUGUUAGUGUUUAUUUGUAGAAGCAGUUUGUGAAGGAAUUUAAUUUGGAUGCUAUUGUUAGUUGUUUUUUUAGUGUCUCUCUUAUUAUUCUGACCUGACUUUAUUGCCUCAGGAAGAAGACCCAGGGUGAUUCCAGGGUUGCCCAGGUUGCAUGUUUGCAUGUUCUCCUCAUGUCCGCACAGGUUUCCUCCCACAGAUCAACAGCAUGCAGUCAGCCUGAUUGGAAAUUCUAACCCGUAGGUGUGAGAGUGAGUGUCUUUUCUAUAUGUGGCCCUGUGAUGAACUGGUGACCUGUGCAGGGUGAACCUGCACAGGUCACCACCACAGGGAGACUCAGUUUAUCAUUGCCUUCAUCACAGAUGGUAAACAUAUGUUUUUAUUUUUAACUUCAUCAUCUUCCAGUUAAAACAUUUAUAUCUUAGUAGAAAUUGAAAUCACUUUAAGUGCUCACUGUACAGUUGCUCAGUAUUGUGUUACAGGCUGAUGUCUCGAUGCCAAAGUUGAGUGAUGGCUGAUGCUGAAGCAUUUUUGUUCCUAGUUAACCACAUUUCCUGUGUGACUGAAGCAUGAACAGCUUUUAAAUUACUCCUGCUUCUUUUACCGCCUGGCUUUGUGUGUGCGUCUGUUUGUGUCUUUAGGUCAUUGAGGACCUGAGACACAGUGAAUACUAUUUACCCAAGUCUCGCUCCUUGCAUUUCCUGAACACUCGAGCAUCUACUCCAGCUAUUUCUGUAAUAACUCUUAUUAUGUUAAGAGGAAAUACACUGCUGCUGCAUUAGUAAAAUUGCAACUUUGGCAUGCAUUGAUUUAAAUGGAGCUACUGAUGUCUAUUCAGGUACAGUGCACCUGAGUAAUCAAAUUCAAUGCAGUACAACACCUCUGCCAUGAAGUCUUCUAUUAAUAUUCUCUUGUGCCUGGUGCAGACACCUCCGUUCUUGACUGGUGAACCAGCACCGCCGGCGUAGACAGUCAGCAGACUGCUUGUUGAGCUUGAUGCCUCAUGUCCUGGGGCUGGAAUCAGCUGCACCAUCCUAAGCUUGAACACAGGAGUUAAUCUGUAUCACAGCAGUGAGUUGGGAAUGACAGGAUGCUGUGUGUCUCCGUAGACAGUUAAGGAGGCUCUGUAAUACAGGACCACGAUGACACAGGCUGAAGACAAAACCACAGCUGCAGUCGUUUGCAGUACGAUCACAUCUUUGUAGCUUCUCCACAUGAUUUUUUCCACACGCUGCUGGACUGAGUGAUUUUACUUUGCUUCCACUUUUUUUUUACCUUUUUUUAACCUGGAUAAAGAAUGAGGUUUCUUCAUGUUGUUGAACUUUGUUGCUUUCUUGCAGCUGUGUUUGUAAAGGCCUCCACGGUGCUGGAGGUGAGUGGCUAUGUUGGAGGAGACGUCUCCAUCCACUGCUCUGGCGGCUGGACCUCAAACCACAGCUCCCAACACAACGGCCUGUACUUCUGCAAAGGCUUCUGCUCCAGAAAGAACAUCCUCGUCCAGAGCGAGCGCGGCGCCCCUGUCACACGAGGGAGGUACAGACUGGAGGUCAACAGAGAACAGGGCGCCUUCUACGUGAUCAUUCGACGGCUGACGAGGGCGGACGCAGGGACGUACAGCUGUGGAGGGGAGGAAACCUUCACGGCUUUGUACCAGGAUAUAAGUCUGACAGUCCUAAACGCCUCGUCGGUUCCUGCUGCUCCCUCCACCACCAUCAGCCGCCGCUCUCUGUCCGGCACCGAACCACCAGCAUCUGCGUCACCUGCUGCAGAGGAGACAAAGCAGCGAGCAGCAGCCAGUCUCACAGCCACCACAGUGGUCAUCAUCGUCUCAGUGAGCCUGGCCCUUCUGGUUUGUGCAGUCAUCCCGCUUAUAUUCUACGGACACUGGAGGAGUAACGCACGCGGUGAGCUGUCACAGUGUCACAGACCUGCACGUCGCUGUACAAGAAGUGACACAUGGUCCAAAAUGAAGAAGAAUCUGUUUGUUUCCGUAGGACGAAACCGUGAAGGAGGAAACAAGUGUGAGUCUGCAGUGGGACUGCAGUCGUUCGAACCCGCGGCAGAUCCGGAUUCGGGUGCUCAGGACGUGAGGCACUACGCUGCUGCUUACCAGGCACUGGAUCCCAAAACUCUGGACUGAGCAAGUUGUUGCUGGGUCUGCGCUGACGACGCGAUUUACAUCAAAUAAAGCUCAUGUUUAAUUAUGCUCUCGUGUGCGCUCCAUUAGUUCACGUCAGGUUUUUGACUGACCUUUAUAAUAAUUCAACUUUAUUGAUCCCACAUUGGGUAAAUCAAGCUCUGCAUUUGGAGGAGCAGUGUCUUACUCCAACCUGGGCCUUCUGCUUCCCAGGCCACUUCAUAUAAAUAAAUAAGAUAUAUUAACUAUUUAAUGUUACAUAUUUGAAAAUGAACAUACCUGAAAAGUUGCAGUUAAGAUUAAGAAGAUAAGAAGAGUUCCUCACAGACCAAGCUCUUCCCUUGUCUAAGCGUGUGUCUCUCUAUAAUCAUGAAGAUCUGCACAAAGCAAGUGUGACAGGAUGUUUGGCAAAUGGCAACGACUGUACGAAUACCACAUGCUGCUUUGAUAAAGCUUUGUGUUGUGAAAGCAUGAUUUUUAAUUUAUCUUGUCUUGCAGCUUGACCUCCCACACAGCGCUGCAUAUUUUAAGCACGUUAUUUCCAACUCUAGAACUAAGUGUGUUAACGCCUCUGCUCACCAGUGGAGGAGAGUUCAGCUCACUUUUAUAAUUAUACCUGUAUGCUGUCUUACAGAUUUUACAUGAAAGCCAAUAAUUCUUUCUGACCUUUGUUGUAUCAGAAAUGUGAAAACAAUUUCAUGUACCACACUUAUGUUUUAGUAAGUAAACGGUUCCAUAUUAAACAGCUGCAGGAAACAGUGGAGUGGAAACAGCAUUCUUUAUUUCCGACUGUGUUUUUUAUUCUUUAUUGUUUUGAGUAACAUAUAUUUCUGUGCUGAAACUUUUCACACAAAACUGAGUUUUCUAUCGAUCGCUACAGGCUAUGACUUUAUGGCUUAAAGUU